GAAAGGUCGGCAAGAUGGCGGGGCCCUGGUGGAAAGGGAUGUUGAAGUGUUGGGCUUUGUGUCAGACCCCUGUUCUCCGGGCCAUGGGGAAAGGGGCCAGCGGGACAGCUACCCGACUGAAGAUCCCCACCUGCCGCACAUUUCCCCGGUCUUACUGCAGCAAGAGCAGCCUCUAUGACCAUGUGAGGGAUGGGUACUCUGACAGACCCCAGCUGGACAUGAGUUUUGUCUGCAGUCAGACCCAGGCUGUACUGGACAAUGUGCAGAAUCGCAAGGGGGAACUGACCAGGGAGGAUGUGGCUGACAUAGUAUCCAUGUGGAAACAAUUAGUGAAAGCAAAGGAGACAAUAGAGAAGUUGGAGAAUGAGAAGAGAACAAUCAGUGAUUCAAUUAAAGCCCUCCUGGACAAACUCAAUAAGGAAGCUCUUCAAUCGCAUCCUGAUUUCUCAAGGCUGCGAAAUCGAGGGAAGGAAAUUCGCCUGGAAUUAAAUGCUCUCUAUCAGCAAGAGAGCCAGCUGGAUGAAGACUUCUACUUGAAAGCCUUGAAGCUACCCAACUGGACUCAUCCAAGUGUGCCCCUAGGUGAUGAAAGUCAAGCUCAUGUGGUUGAAAUGAUUGGUGAUAAACCGGAAUUUGAUUUUAAACCCAAAGGCCACUUGCAAAUUGGUGAAGACUUGGACAUAAUUAGACAACGACGUCUCUCGCAUGUCUCUGGCCACCGAUCGUACUAUCUGCGAGGAGCAGGCAGCGAGCUGCAACUCGCCUUGGUCCAAUUCACAGUGAGCAAACUCCUCAAAAAGGGAUUCAUUCCAAUAACCGUGCCGGAUAUGCUGAAAGGCGCUGUGUUUGAAGGCUGUGGGAUGAGGCCCAAUGCCAAAUCCUCCCAGGUUUACCAGCUCGACCCUACUCGCUUUGAAGAUCUCUGUCUAGCGGGAACAGCCGAGGUUGGCAUCGCAGGUUACUUCAUGGAUCAUGCUGUUAACCUGCAGGAUCUGCCUGUGAGGAUGGUGUGUUGCAGCACAUGCUACAGAGCAGAGACGGACACUGGGAGGGAAGCCUGGGGACUAUACAGAGUUCAUCAUUUCACCAAGGUUGAGAUGUUUGGGAUAACGGCUGCGGAGACUGGGACCGAGAGCACAGAGCUCCUGGAUGAGUUUGUGAUGCUGCAGAAGGAAAUCUUCUCUGAUCUUGGACUCCAUUACAAAGUGCUGGAUAUGCCAACCCAGGAACUCGGGCUGCCGGCUUAUCGCAAGUUUGACAUUGAAGCAUGGAUGCCUGGAAGGGGUAGUUAUGGAGAGCUUUCAAGUGCAUCCAACUGCACAGACUACCAAAGCAGAAGGUUGAAUAUCAUGUACUAUGAGGAAGCUGCUCGUUUAAAGUACGCUCACACUGUUAAUGGGACUGCGUGUGCUGUGCCUCGCACUCUGAUUGCUAUCUUGGAAUGUAACCAGUUAAAGGAUGGCAGCGUGCGAGUUCCAACAGUCCUCCAGCCAUACCUCGGCAGAGAAGUGAUCAGCCAGCCUACGCACAGCCCUUUACUGUAUAUCGGACCUAACCAGUACCAGAGGAACCUCAACAAGACAGAGUGAGGGACAACUGCUUUCCAGCAACCAAGCAACUCUGGGGUAUCCAAGUUGGCAUUUGUUGAGACAAUUGGCGUAGGGACUUGACCAAGGACAGUCACCUCACAAUUUAACCCUUUAGUGUGUCUUGUUUUAAGCUGCUCAGGUUGGAAACCACAUCCUGUGGAGACAUGGUCCGUUCCUCCUUCUCCACAUUUUUUCCCCCACUCUCACUGAAGGCGCUGACACAUGCUCGGAGGAGACUUCAAUCUGGGUCACUCAGCUCCUCUUGUGCCUGGCACAACGAUGAGCCUGAGCCAGGACAGUUUGGGAAGGUGGGCAGGGGGAAGAGGUAGGGAGGAGAGAACAUCACGCGGGAGCCCGAUCAUUCCUUGAAUAACUCACAGAUAUAAACUUUCCAGGAGGGAUCAUUGGAUAAGCGGUCAGGAACUGGGAGCCUUUUCUUCUGUGCUGCAAGGGGGGGAGUUGAGUUAGUUGAAGCUUUCACUAUCUCUGCUGCGCUUUUCAUCCUCUUGGCCUCCAAGAAUGACCAGGUUGUUGGUCAAACACCUGGCACCUAGCCAAAAAGUUUCACCAUCGGUAGAUUAAGCAGGAAAGUGUUUGCUUAAGCAUGACCACCAGAUUACAGAGGAAUGCGAUGAUGUCCUGUGGCAUGCCAGUGAUUGGCUGAUCCUGCACAUCUCGUGUUCUAAUGAAUGACUGGAGUGACGGUGGCAAGACCAUCCAUAGUGACCACGAGACGAUGCCUUCUCUGGACCACCUCCUUCGUGACAGUAUUCCCGGAAUAGCAUUCAGCAGAAAAAUCCAGGAGUUCAUGAAGGAUCAGCCACACUUGUUCCGUUGGGAUGGCGAGCAGCUUGGUGAAGAUUCUGCCGGCGAUGGUGUUCCUGUGCUGUUGUCCAUCUUGGCUGGACUCAGAGUUACUGGGCGCGUUUCUCUAUUGACAGUUCUUUCUGAGUUUGAAACCUAGCGAUUCACUGGCCAAAACACACGACUUUGAAUAUUCUUUAAGAUUGUGGUUGCCCAACUUUUUAUUCAACUCUAGGUUCCUCGAAAACCCAUCACCGGGCACAUCAGAUCACCUUUUGUUGUCUUGCCUACCAUUGCUUCCCCAGAGCUAACAGGUGCCACACACCCAUGCAGACCCCUAAAUUUACUAGCACUGCAUUGCAAGAUAGUAGGAUUCUUCAUGCCAAGCUAACUGGGCGUGCACACCCCACUGCAACUCGUAUUCCUUCCCUCGUCCCCCUUUCCCCUAAAGGCUAUGACUUCAAGCUCGGCAGACCUCCUUACUGUACAGCUGCCAUUGGGAACUCACAGGUAGCUUAUCUUGAUGGGCAACUAAGAACAGAUGGUAGAAUUUUAAUUUUACCACAGUCAAUCAUAUUUAAAGAUUUCUCAGUGGAGAUUACUGCUUAAGACGUAAAACGGAAUGGUGUAUGAAUCAUUGAUGGCAGAAUUAUUUGCAAAAGGAAAAUAAAAACAAAAUUAAAACACA